CGACGACCCAAGCUGCAGCACAGCCAGUCCAUCCUCAGGAAGCAGGCAGAGGAGGAGGCUAUCAAACGCUCCCGAUCCCUGUGUGAGAGCUAUGAGCUAUCAGCCGACCUACAGGACAAACAGGUGGAGAUGCUGGAGCGUAAGUAUGGAGGCAGUUUCAUAACGCGUAAUGCGACCUGCACCAUCCAGACAGCCUUCCGCCAGUAUCAGAUGAACAAGAACUUUAAACGUCUCCGCAGUUCCAUGUCCGAGAACCACAUGUCCCGACGUAUCGUCCUGUCCAGCAUGAGGAUGCAGUUCUCCUUGGAAGGCCCUGAGAAGGUUCACCAGUCCUCCUCCCUCACCGACAGCAGAACCAAACACCUGGGGGGCCUGAUCCAAUCAGAAUGCAGCGCUGACCUGGGGGGUGUGGUCCCAGAUAGUAUGAAGUCACCUGUGGUAGCCCAGAACUCUGACUUCACCGACGCCAUAACGGAGCUGGAGGACGCGUUCUCCCGUCAGGUCAAGUCUCUGGCCGAGUCUAUAGACGAUGCUCUGAACAGUAGGAGUCUUCACAGGGAGGAGGGGGAGGCAGGAGAGAUGGGGCAAGGGGGGAAAGGACACCCCGACUUGGACAAAGACAGAGACAGAGAGCUGUUCUCCUACCAGGUCAAACCCUCCUCACACAGCAGUGCGGAACGCCGCAAACUGGAUGAGAUGACAGCAUCAUACAGCGAUGUGAUUCUCUACAUUGAUGAGGAAGAGCUGUCCCUUCCUCUUCCUCUGUCUCAGUCCCUGGACCACCGGCCCUCCUCCACAGAGUCGGAGCUGCGUUUGCGUUCUCUCUCCUGGUCUCUGGUCCAUAAGGAUGAUAAAGGUCAGGGGUCAGACACCUCCUGCCGCAGCACCCCCUCCCUGGAGCAGCAGGAGCAGAGGCUGAGGGUCGACCACCUCCCGCUGUUGACCAUCGAGCCACCCAGCGACAGCUCCGUGGAGCUCAGUGACCGUUGCGACCGCUCCUCUCUGAAGAGACAGAACGCCUACGAUCGCCAGCCCAGUAGUCAGACAGCCAGCCCCAAACAUCCCCCUCCUCACCCCUCCUCUCACCCCCCCACCUUGUCUCACCACCCAUCUCACCCCCACGGCCUGCCCCCCCAGGGACCCUCCUGGGAUGAGGACACCCCCCGCCGUCGGCCACGCCCGCUAGAGGCCCACCUGGCGAUCAACGGGAUGGCUAACCGGCAGAGCAAGUCAGAGUCAGACUUUUCAGAUGGGGACAAUGACAGUAUCAACUCUACGUCUAACAGUAAUGACACUAUUAACUGCAGCUCUGAGUCCUCCAGUAGAGACAGCCUGAGAGAACAGACCCUCAGUAAACAUACCUAUCACAAAGAGACACGCAACAGCUGGGACUCACCGGCCUUCAGUAAUGACAUCAUCAGGAAGAGACACUAUCGCAUUGGACUCAACCUGUUUAACAAGAAGCCAGAGAAGGGGUGUCAGUACCUGAUUGAUCGAGGGUUUGUCCCAGACACUCCAGUGGGCGUGGCUCACUUCCUGCUCAAGAGGAAGGGCCUGAGCAGGCAAAUGAUUGGAGAGUUCCUGGGGAACAGGCAGAAAAAAUUCAACAGAGAUGUCCUGGAUUGUGUGGUGGAUGACAUGGAUUUCUCGGCCAUGGAACUAGACGAGGCUCUCAGGAAGUUCCAAGCUCAAAUCAGAGUCCAGGGAGAGGCCCAAAAGGUGGAAAGACUCAUAGAAGCUUACAGUCAGCGGUACUGUAUCUGUAACCCCGGGGUGGUACGACAGUUCCGUAACCCCGACACCAUCUUCAUCCUGGCCUUCGCCAUCAUCCUCCUCAACACUGACAUGUACUCUCCCAACGUUAAGCCAGAGAGGAAGAUGAAGCUGGAGGACUUUAUCAAGAACCUCCGAGGUGUGGAUGAUGGAGGGGACAUCCCACGGGAGAUGCUGACAGGUAUAUAUGAGAGGAUCAGGAAGAGAGAGCUUAAAACCAACGAAGAUCACAUCUCUCAGGUCCAGAAGGUCGAGAAACUAAUUGUUGGGAAGAAACCGGUGAGUUUAGACCCUAUUGGUCUUGGCUGUGUUCUGUCCCUGCCCCACCGCAGGCUGGUGUGUUACUGCAGACUUUUUGAGGUUCCAGACCCCGACAAGCCUCAGAAACUGGGUCUGCACCAGAGAGAGAUCUUCCUCUUCAAUGACCUGGUGGUGGUGACAAAGAUCUUCCAGAAGAAGAAAACCUCUGUGACAUACAGCUUCAGACAGUCCUUCUCUCUGUAUGGGAUGCAGGUGCUGCUGUUUGAGAACCAGUACUAUCCCAAUGGUGUGCGGUUAACGUCGGCGGUUUCCGGAGCGGAUAUCAAGGUUUUGAUCAACUUCAACGCUCCCAACCUUCAGGAUAGGAAGAAGUUCACUGAGGACCUGAGAGAGUCCAUCGCUGAGGUCCAGGAGAUGGAGAAAUACCGCAUAGAGUCGGAGCUGGAGAAGCAGAAGGGCGUGGUCCAUCCCAGCCUAUCACAGAGCUCAGGGCUGAAGAAGGACUCUGGGAACGGCCAAUUGGGUCGCGGCAGCCUGGAUGACACCUACGCCAUGGGGGAGGGGCUAAAGAGGGGCGCCCUCAGCAGCUCGCUACGAGACCUCUCAGACGCAGGGAAGCGCGGGCGCCGCAACAGUGCAGGAUCACUAGACAGCAAUAAAGGCUCCAUCAUUAGCCACCACAGUCCCCACAUGAGACGCAGAGCCACGUCUUGCCAAGACAGAGACUGUCCUUCCAGAGGACACUCCAUCCCCACCUCCUCCUCUUCUUCCCUCCCGGGCUCUUGGUUCGGGCCCAAGAGGGCCAAGUCCCCCCAGCACCCCACCCUCAUCUUCCAUACCCCACAUCCCUCCAACCUGUACCACACUGCCCAGAGUCAAGCAGAUACCCAGGCACAGCAGCUUCAAGGAGCCCAGUACUUCCAGAACCCUCCACCCUACCACCACCACCACCACUACCACCCCCCUGCCCCUAGGAAAAGAAAAGUGGGCCUCCACCCAUCCACCAACCCCGCCCAUCCACCAACCCCGCCCAUCCACCAACCCCGCCCAUCCACCAACCCCCGCCCAUCCACCAACCCCACCCAUCCACCAACCCCGCCCAUCCACCAACCCCGCCCAUCCACCAACCCCGCCCAUCCACCAACCCCCACCCAUCCACCAACCCGCCCAUCCACCAACCCCGCCCAUCCACCAACCCCGCCCAUCCACCAACCCCGCCCAUCCACCAACCCCGCCCAUCCACCAACCCCGCCCAUCCACCAACCCCGCCCAUCCACCAACCCCGCCCAUCCACCAACCCCGCCCAUCCACCAACCCCGCCCAUCCACCAACCCCGCCAUCCACCAACCCCGCCCAUCCACCAACCCCGCCCAUCCACCAACCCCACCCAUCCACCACCCCCACCCAUCCACCAACCCCGCCCAUCCACCAACCCCACCCAUCCACCAACCCCGCCCAUCCACCAACCCCGCCCAUCCACCAACCCCGCCCAUCCAACAUGUCAUCCAGAUCACAAGGCGUUAUUAUCAGACCCCCGGGUUACACUGCAAGGCCAACAAUUCGGUGCUUGACUUCAAAGCUGUGGAUCCGUACAAUCAUACAGCGAAAGCCAUUCUGGAGCGGCCCUGUGCGGUGCUCAAUGUUAAUCAGCGGCAUGGGACCCAGCAUCUCCUGGCCAAACAGCUCAUAGAAAAGAUUGUCAUGAAGGAAGCUGUGUUGCCCUCUUCCUCACCAGUUUCAAGUCCUGUGACCCGCACAUAG